GGGUUUUAAUUUGUUCAAUUGUUUUGGGUAUUGAGGUUGACUAGGCGGUCAACUUGUGUGACUCAGUAUUUCUAUUAGCCCGUUCACCAUUUUCGUUUGCCACGUCAUAAAAAAUCUGGCGCUGUUAAUUGGGUAUGACGAAGACUGACGGCUGAUGAUUAACAAUGUAACGAUUUGUAAAGUAAGUGAAGUAUAACAAAGAAAAAAAUUUCAAAUAUGUUUAUGUCAAUACACUUGUUUUGCAAAUAGAAUGAUCCAACCGUAGUACAAUUAGUGUUUUAUAGCGAUUUAAAUAAAAUAUAUGAGAACAAUGAAAAUCAUCAAUACCAAAUAAAUUAGUAUGUCAAAAAGGGUUAAUUCACAUAAAAUAUUUAUCAUCAUAAAUUGAUAACUAAUAGUUAACAAUUAUUACCAAAAUACCGUCCGAGAAAAAGGGUUUUAGUGGAUUCUUCUCUCUUUUCUCUCUCUUCUCUCUGCUCGUUCUAAGGUUCGGCUUAGGAUAAAAAAUGGCGACCGUCACCGGCGGAGCCUCCUCAGGUGCCGUCGGUGACGGGCGCACUUGGGCGUCGCUUUUUUCAUUUAAUCCGGACCUAAAGCUGGAUUAUUAUGAGCCGGAGUUUAUCAACGGAUCGCUGCGAAUUCCCAAAUCGGUUCUCGAGGAGGGCUCCAAGCGAUGGGUUCACUACUGAGUCGGCCAAUUUCUUGAUCGACCAACAUCCCUCUCCUCCAUUCACUUUUGGGCGAGCUGGAUUUGUGGACAAGAUGGAGCUAUUCGGGUUUCGUGGUUAGGGGAGCGGCUGGUUCUUUUUUAAUUCCCGACUGCAGAAGUCUGCCGCUCGGUUUUCGAAGGAGGCCCGUGGCAUCAUCGUGAGAAUAUGUUGUUUCUGCGCAAAGGGAGCUAGGUAUCCAACCUCUUGCCAUUGAUAAUUCGCUAGUUCCGGUUUGGGUUAAGCUUUCGAAUCUGCCGUCUGAGAUGGCGUCCAAGGAGGGAUUAGGGCGAAUUGCUAGUUCUUUGGGUCGUCCUCUUUGUGUAGAUUUUCCUAUGAAGCGAGGGACGGUUGGGGGUUGCGAAGUUGUGUGUUGAAAUUUCAGUAAAAACUAAUUUGGUGAAUAAGCUAAGCAUUACUCCUCAUGAUUGCCCAGAGAUGUUUGUUGAUGUGGAGUCUGUCAUAUCCCAAGCAAAUGUGAGAAGUGUCAAUUAUUUGGCCAUGACUGUUCUAAUCCUGGAGGGAAGACGAAGAAGGUCUGGGUUGUUAAGCAGCAUAGGAUGAAGGAGCUUGAUCCAGUUGAUCCUGUUGGGUUGAAGGAUAAGGGGAAGGGUGUGAUAGAAGAGUCUCAAAAGGAAGUAGCUCAUGAAGUAGUGGUUGCUAAGGUUGAGAGUUCUAUUUCUUCUCCUGAUCCAGUACAAGAUAGGGGUGCAGACCUCUCUACAGUUGAUGAUGGGUUUCAAGUGGUUACACACAGGAAGAAUAGAGUGAGAGCUCCUGCCCCGGGUCCUAUAUCUAGAAGUCCAUGGAUUUUGUCAGCUGGUUCGAGUAAGAGUCCACUUGAUGAUCAGGCAUUCCCUUCAUUAAGUCGACCUGUUUUGAAGCGUCAUGUGGAACCUCCACCUAUUGCUCCUGCUCGGGGAAAGGGUAGGGGGAAGAAACGGGGUAAAUGAAGGUACUGUGUUGGAACAUCAGGGGGUUUAAUCCCCGGGAUAAGCACACUGCUAUGCUAAAGAAGUUUUGGAAGUUGAAGUUAGAUAUAGUAGCAUUAAUAGAAACUAGAGUUAUUGCCUCAAAUAGUUCUGAUAUUCUCUCCAAGAAAUUUAGUCAGUUUAAGCAUUUGAAUAACUACCCUAAGUCCGCUAAUGGACGUAUCUGGUUGCUCUGGAAAGAUGGCCUGGAUGUAGUGAAGGUUGAAGAUGGGCAGCAUUUUAUUAAGGUCAGAGUUGGAGGUCCUAUCCCUUUCCUCCUAUUAGUGGUUUAUAGUCCAAACGAAGAAGCUUAUAGGGCUGUGCUGUAUGAGGAGCUUUUACUCCAGCAAGAGGUUAACGCCCCAAUGGCCAUUAUGGGCGAUUUUAAUGUUGUUGUUUGAUAGACCGUUAAUUACACAUGUUUUCACCCCUGUUCUUACACCGUUUGAGAUGUGGUUUCUCGUGUUUUAGACCAAUUUCACGCUAGGUUGUGCUUGUUUGUGAUAUUUCAGGUCCUGGCAAGUGAAUGAAGGUUUAGGAGCGAGUUCGGGGUCGAUUGGGCGAAGAUCGGGCGCGAGACAAGUAACAAAGGAGGUCACACGGGCACACCCACAACUCACACGGCCGUGCAAGUGACCACUUUGGCCGUGUGAGAUUGUGCGAGAGCAAACACGGCUUGCCCUGAUGUUCACACGGCCGUGUGAAGGAGUGGUUUGGCCGUGCAAGUUUCGCCGAGAGCAAACACGGGCAGAUGGAAAUCUCACACGGCCGUGCGACCCUGGCCGUGUGAGAAGCCUGAAGAUCGAACUAAUUGGAACGCAGCGUUUUGACUCACACGGGCAACUGGGUAAGCCACACGGCUGUGCCACCCUGGCCGUGUGAGUCGGGACUUUCUGCUUUUAAGCAGAUUUUCAGCCACAAGUCGAGUGGAUUCGAGUUUUUGAGAGAGAGAACGAUUCCUAGAGAGAGAAAGCGACGAACAAGAGUCUCCAAGUGCCCUAGAUUGAUCUUCAACACUAUUGGAGGCCAGUUUGAGCUUGGAGAAGUGCCGAUCAACGUCCAGAAGCAGGAAUCCAUCCUUCACAGUAUGAAUUCCGCGUCUGAUUCUGCUUUUGCUUUUUUCUCCAUGGAGUAGUUCUCCCAUUCAUCUGGGUAUGGAGAACCCUAGAUUUGUAUGUUAGGCUUUGAUUGUAUGAACCCAAAUACUGAUUCUAUGAUUGAUUAUAUUCGAUUGAGGUUUGAAUGAUUGAAUGACUUGAAUCCUGAUCAAAUUCCUGUUGUUUCUGCUUUAACCUAGAAUGAGAAUAUCUGCCUAGGUUGAUAGAGCAUCCUUGAUCGAAGGUAGGGAGUUGGUGACUUUAGUCGAGGAGCCAACUCACUAUUCUGUACCGGAUUUACUCCGGUAGUGGAGGUUUUGUUUGUUAAGGACUCAAUCUGUUUACUCCGGUGGAGGUUAGUCGCCCGCUAGAGACUCAGAUUGAGAGGGUCUGAAUACCUUUAGUCGAGACUUCAGGCUGUUUAAGAACCUUCCGCAGUAUAACUAUCAUAGAAACUGAACUUGGUAAUUAAAAUCCGGCUUAACUGCAGUCUAGGGGGAACCAUAUCUGGGUGACCUCCUUAACUUGAAUACAAUCGUUUGUUUGCU